AUGUCAAAUGGCCAAAUUCUUCUUAAGCGAAACCCCAUCUUCAAUGACAAAGACAAGGACUUUUACGCAAGCUGGGAGAAUGAGCAUGGUCAGCAAGCCUUGCCGUGGGCACUAGCUACGGGAGUUGUAUACUACGCCCAGUCCAAUGAUCCUAAUUUUUCUACCGACGACUGGGAUGGGGCCAUUGAAUACAAUGUUGACCCAAGUGCAUCAACUGUUGCCAAUAGUCCGUCACGCGAGGCUGCAAGUGCUGCUUAUUACAAAGAACAAAUCUUGGUGGAUGAACGACGACUCUUCAUUGGUGACGCCUCCUCUCAUUCCAAGCACGUUCCAGGGAGAACUGUCAGUGGGAAAAAAGUAGUUAUGAUUGAGAAUGGUAGGGCAACGCGACCGAUUGAUGAACGAUGGGUAAAACUUUGGCAGGAAUACCUGGAUAGAUAUACGUCAACUCAGUAA